UUCUCUUCAGCGAGCCGGCUGUUCUCUACCUUUUGGUUCCAGCGAGUGGUACCAGCGGUGGUACCGCACUUCCUAGCACCCAUUCAGUACACCUCGAACAGCGCGUAAGAACCAUCAAAACGGUACCACAAUAUACGCAUGUGGAUCGCACUUGAUCGUUUUUUUUUGUGUUUCGUCUAGUUGUGCGUCUAUCUGACGGUACUCGGAGUACCACACGGUUCAGGUGGUUUAUUGGUAGCGAGGUUCCGUUGCGUUGCAGCGGUACAACUCGAAGGAGGAUUCGCUUUGAAGAAAAAUAAACACAAGGAAGUUCGGGACGCUAAACUAUUGAAGACUCUAAUUAAGCUAAUGGUCAAUUAACAGGAAGUGGCAGGAAGAUAGUCGCGGUUAUUGUAAAUAAUUGUGCAUUUUAAAUAUUACCAGGAAAAGGUUGUGAAACCAAAAUCUGUGACUAAGUUAAUUAAUACAAGUAAUGAAAGGUGGUUCUUCUAAUUGUGGCACAACUUAAAAGUGAUGUGAUGUGAAAUAGUUGGUGUGCGAUACCAAUGAUCAAAAAACAGAUUGUGAACGAAAAAUGGUAUCUUAUGUGACAUUUUCGGUAUUAUGCAUUUGGAUUACUGGAUUUGUUACUGUUGGUUUUGCAUUUCCGUUUGUGGACCCUUCAUUGGAGGCAUUAGACGAGCGUCAUGAUGCCGAAAUUUACAAAGCAGUCGUAACUUCCGUGAACGAAUGGAAGCAGAGACAAGCUCAGAAAAAAUCUGCUAAUAGAUUUAAAAGAGAAGACAAUCCAGUAGCGUGCUACAAAGAUUUAGGAUGCUUCGAAGCCUCAGGUCCCUUCGGGUACCUCGAUACACUCCCAGACAAGCCCGAAGAUAUAGCCACGAAAUUUUUGAUGUUCCCAGGUAGAAGGAGAAGAAAACGUGGGUCGCCACCCGCUGAAGUGCCAUUUGACAAGUUAGACGAAGCCUUUGAAUGGGCCAAAGAUGGGUUUAACGGUAGUCUGCCUACCAAGGUUCUCAUCCAUGGUUUCGGAAGCGAUUGUAAUUAUAUAUGGGUGUACGAAAUUAGAAGCGCCCUAAUGGCUGUAGAAGAGGUUAAUAUAAUAUGUGUGGAUUGGAGCAACGGAGCUGCCUUGCCAAAUUACGUUAAAGCCUCGGCGAAUACAAGACUGGUCGGCAAGCAAUUGUCUCUUUUGUUGAGAGGCUUAGUCGAAAAAAAUGGACUGUCAUUGAAGAAGACGCAUAUCAUUGGGUUCAGUUUAGGUGCCCAUAUAGCAGCUUUUGCCGGAGCAGAUCUUGGAAAUUUGAGUAGAAUAACAGGACUAGACCCCGCAGGACCCCUAUUCGAAUCGCAGGACCCGCGGGCGCGCCUGGACCAAAGCGAUGCUGAGUUCGUCGACGUCAUCCACAGUAACGGAGAGAAUUUAAUCUUGGGAGGCCUGGGGUCGUCACAACCCAUGGGGCACGUUGAUUUCUAUCCGAACGGAGGCCGGAUGCAGAAGGGCUGCAGCCAUUUAUUCGUCGGAGCCGUGAGCGACAUCAUCUGGUCGUCUGCAGUUGAAGGGCGAUCGUUGUGCAACCACAGGAGGGCCUAUAAGUUUUUCAUAGAUUCAGUCUCGCCUCGAUGCCAUUUUCCAGCGUUUCCCUGUGAUUCCUAUGAGAAUUUCCUCGAUGGAAAGUGUUUUCCUUGCACGGACGAACGACAAUGCGGAAACAUGGGAUAUUAUGCUGACAGAUCAAAAGGUCGAGGCCAACUGUAUCUCAUUACCAGAGACGAAGAACCAUUUUGCGCUCAUCAGUACCACGUAAAACUGGAAACUAGUCCAAGUCCAAUACCUGUCAAAAGUUAUGGAAAAAUUCAAAUAACUUUAGUCGGAGAAUCAGCGUUAAAUGAAACAUUCGUUAUGACCAAGAUAGACGAUGAAGAAUUAAAACUUGGUGAAUCAGUCUCCAAAAUUUUAGUACCCCAUCCAAUUUUAGCACAGCCCAUCAAAAUAGAGAUUCUCUACACAGCCUACAGCGGAUGGCUGUCAUCUGGAUUGACUCAAUGGAGCAUGGAUAAAGUAACUUUGAUGGACAGUUUUGGGAAAACGUCUUCAGUGUGUAAGAAAAACUUAAUCCUCCAGUCCGGCAAACCUGUUCUACUACCGCUAUAUCCAGGCGAAUGUAAUUUGCCGAAAAACUCCUACGAAGCUGAAGCUCAAGAUAGAAUGCAAAUAUCGAUCGAGGACAAUAUAACCUCAAACACAGCUAAAAAAUCAAACUUCAUUCCAACGCAAGUUGUAAAAGUCGGUUUAGACGAUAAAGAAUAUAAAACGACAGAAAAAUCUAAGGUAUCCUUUAAAAACGCUAUAGAUUUCUUCAAUAUACCUUGGAGAAACGACGAAGAAAACGAUGUAAUAGACGAGGCAGAAUCGAGCAGAGCUUUUAAUACCAGAGUAAUCAAAAGUGGUAAUUCAGACAAAUCAAGUCCAUUAAAAGAAAUAGGCGAACCGAUAUUGAAACCGCAUUCAAACAAAAAUGCAAGAUCUCAUGAUCCUGAAAAAGAAAGAGAAGUUGAAAUAACUGAACCGUUACUAGGACCUACUUCCGAAAAACCUACACCUAAAACAACCAAAAAAGAAAAUACAACAACUAAAAGUAGUAUUAAAGAAGAAGGUAAAAUGUCGACUAAAGAAUCUGAUUGGGUGCCCAAGAAAAUACCUGUACAGCAGAAAAAGGAGCAAAGAAAACGACAGGACGAAUCAAGAAUCUUAUCAGGAUUUGAUCAGCCACCAAAUCUAGGUGAUCCGAUAGAAGCUAUAGCUACUACAGUUCAAUUUCUACCGCAAAGACUUGCCAGAAUGUUUGAACAAGCAGAGAGGUAUGCUAGAGAAACUAUUCUACCGUUAGUCAGUACCUACACUCCACGAUUCAUAACUGAUAUUAUUGUACCAAAGGAGAGCACUACUCAAAAGUACGUUCCUUUGAAAUAUGAGGACCCUGCUACUAAGGCUAUACAUACCUCAACAGUAGCAAUAGAAGAGAGGAACUCGAUUAAUAAGAAAUUUGAUCCACCACCAAGUGUAGCACCUAUAGAAGUUUCUACGAAAGAUUACACUACACCAUUUACGAAUAUCCAGAAGAUUCGCAAAAAGGGAGAUGAAGCUGAGGUAUUGCCAGAUAAAUUACACUUGAUUAAAGCCAUAAGUAAGGAGCAAGAAGUACUGGAACCAGCUAGCUCUGAGAACAGAAAUCAUCGAGUUUGGACUGAAAAACCUGCUCUAGUUUCUGAACAAAAGAAGAGGACGGCUAGGGAUGAUCUCAAUGCAGCUCGAAGCACACAGCCCAAUCCUCUAGAUACGAUCAUAAAUGUAGUUCAAGAAAUUCCGGAAAAUAUAGGAAAAGCCCUGCAACAAGCCGAAAAAUUUGCCAAAGAUAAUGUCUUGCCAUUCGUAUCUAAUCUAACGCCGAGAUUCAUAAUUGAUUUUUUUAAUCCGAAACAGAAGGAAGUUUCUCAGUUUAUUCCGUUUACUAGCGAAGAGUCGACCGCAGCUGAGGUAAAUGAGGUAACCGAGGUAACGAGGGAGGCGACGACCUUGAAUGAGAAGAUAAAAGCGGAGUUUCAGAGUCCUACUAUGGUAAAGGCGAAUAGAAGUAGAAGAAAUAAACAAAAUGAUUUACUAAACGAUGAUGAAGAUGAUGAUGAGAAUGAGUUAGAAACUACUAGUUAUACUAACAUUCAAAGAAUUCCCAAGAAAAAACACUAAUAAUUUUAGUAUAAAGUUCUUGUUUUAUGAAAGGAGUUAAUUUUAUAUUUUCAUUAAUACUGGGUGCCUCAUUAUACCUAUUUGGAUGGUUCUUUUGGGUUAUUUAUUUAUACUAGAAGCUAAGAAUAUUGAUGUAUAUUAUUUAAAGAAUACAUUUUAAAAUGACGUCAUAUAAAAAAUAAUAGACCACACUGUAUAUUUUUUGGGGUAUUUUAAUAAGUCACGUAGUUAUGAAUCAAUAAAAUACUUUGGAAGUUUUUUAAACCGUAAUUGUGGCAUUGACAAUUAAAAUGAAGUGAUUUUAGUAACAACUUGAUCUAUGUAAACCUUCUGGAACACUCCGGUUUUUCAUCUUUUCCAUUUUUAUUUACUGAAGUAAAAAUUACAAAAACAAAUCAAUUUUAUAAUUAGGUCUUUACUUGUACAAAAAACAAACCAAAAACUUGCACGUUAAAUUUUAAAAAAUUGUACAUUGUAUAAAAAUCGUUUUGUAUAAAAUUGUAAAUAUUUAAACUUAGUAGUAAAAACAUUCUGUAUAAUAAAAAUAUAAAUACGUAUACGACUUUAAUUAUCAUCUAACACUGUCCGUAAUCAUUUUUCUACUAACAGCACUUUUAUACAGGGUGUCACCACAAGAAAAUUUAAUAUUUUGAAACAUUUUUAUGAGUGUUGAGAGGUAAGGUCAGAUAUCUGUCUAGUAAAAUUUUUAAUGUAGUAAUAAGUUUAAAUUUGUUAUUUCAUAAUUUUAAAAGCUCUUCGUUUGGCAUUUUUGCUGAUUCUUUGACUUUUUAAACAUCAUCGAUUCGUGUAUAAAAAGGUCCAUUUAAAUUUUUAUUUUAUUUUAUGAUCUAUUUUUAUAAAUUAAAUUUAUGAUUAGAAAGUAGAAACUAAUGUCAAAAGAUGAUUAAUUCUUUUUGUAUCAUAAUGACAUGUGUCAAAGUCAACGUCAUUUAUUAUUCUAGUCAUAUUUUAAAAAAUGAAAAAUGUACAAAGCUUUGUAGUAAGUAACAUUUAGUCUAAUGUAUUUGAUGAAAAACAGUUUUUGACACCCUGUUUACAGAUAUAUCUUUCUACGCCUAAAAUUAUUAAAACACAAAUAUUAGAUGUAAAAUGAUACGAUAGAGUAACUUCCAAAAUCCAAUUUGCUUUUGAAAUAGUAUCCAAUACUGACAUGUUAUAUUAUUAACGUUUCCUAAUCUAUCUGUCAAAUACCUAUCCAAUGUUUGUAUUUUACUAAUCUGGGAUAGUGGAACAAGAAUCUAAAAAUCGCUCUAGUUCUUCUAGCCUCUUAAUUUCUCGCUGUAUAUGCCUUAAAUGUCCCCAUCUAAGUUGCUUUAGUUGCCUUAUAUAGGUGGGUUCUUCUGCAAAAUCAGUAUUAAAGUUCAUUCAAGAAAUAUUGUGCCAACUUUGCCUAAAACACUGGUCUUACAACAAACUGUUAUUGACUGAUUUGUCAUUGUAUUUCUUAGACUUGGCGCUCUACUUGAAAGGUUACAUGAUACACCCUGUAUAAAAAGAUUUUGUUAAAAAAAUUGCACAAAUAUCAAUCGACAUGUCCGAGAGAUUUUCCAAACAUGUUCCCAUUUAUUUAUCACGAAAUUUAUUUCAUUUGGCUGCUCCACACUAUAAAAGUACAGAGUAAAACAUUUCACAAACAGUUCGUAAAAAAUAAAAAGUACCUCAAAGAACUACCAUAUAUUUAAGCAAGUUAAUUUUCGUAAAUCAGUACUCUAUAAACAGAGACUUUCUAUACAGGGUGGAUCCUAAGUUAAUAUUUUUUUAACUGUAUACACGUUAAAAUAAACAUCGGUAUUGUACAGUGAACGCUUUCUUUGUUUUACCUUUUGUUUCAAUUAAUGUAAGUUUCUUAAUUUUAAGUUUUUUUAAAGACUUCUAAACGCAGUUUUAUUUAAUUUUAUACUAAAAAAUAGAAAUUACCUGAGCUGCAAUUACAAACUUUACAUUUGGCCGAAUUUUGAUCGUCAUCUAAUAACUCCAUCGUAUCAUGAUUCGUAUAGUUAGAAAGAUGGGAUUCCGUGACACUGUGUGGCAAAUCUCUUUCACCGGCAUGACGAUUCAUGAGCUCGAUCGCUCGCUUGGGGUUCAUGGAUUCAAG